CUUCUUCUACUUCUUCUGUUAAACCCUGGCCGCGCGAGAAAACCCUAAUUCAAACCUGUAGCCAUGCCUGCUCUCACUCGUAACAAGAAGAAAGCUGCGACGAAAUCGCCAACCUCUCCGACGAAGCAGGUUACCAAAUCCAAAGCUCCUCCAUCGAAGAUUCAGUCAAAACCCCAAACUUCGACGUUGAAGAAAGGAGCGAAAUCCCAGAACAAACCUCCAUUGAAGAAGCAGAAGAAGGAAUUUGUCGAGGAAGAGCCUCUCGAAGACGAUGAAGAUGAUGUUUCCACAGAUGAAGAAUCAGAAGAGCUUGAUGAAUCUGAUGAUGGAGAGAAAGGGUCUAAUGCGUUAUUCUCUGAUGAUGAUGAUGAGGAGGAGGAGGAAGAGAACGAUGACGAUGAAGAGACUUUGGGUGACGAUUUUCUAGUAGGUAGCGGCGAUGAAGAUGAGGAAGGACCAUCAGAUGCGGAUUCUGACUCUGAUGACAACGAUAUUGUGAGGAAAUCUGAUGCUAUUGAUAGACAAUUAGCAAAGGAUAAGAAAGACGCUGCUGCUGAAGUGCGGGAUAAUAUCAAGCAAGACGGACCUGAUGAAGAACUUGAACAUGAUGCGUUUCGGCUACCAACUGAAGAGGAGCUUGCAGAAGAAGCUCGUGGUCCACCAGAUCUUCCUCUACUUAAGAGUAGAAUUGAAGAGAUUGUUAGAGCUCUGAAAAAUUUCAAGGCUUUCAGGCCAAAAGAUACCACGAGGAAAGCUUGUGUUGACCAGCUCAAAGAUGAUCUUGGUUCUUAUUAUGGUUAUAACAGUUUUCUUAUUGGAACAUUGGUUGAGAUGUUUCCUCCUGGUGAACUUAUGGAACUUAUUGAAGCUUUUGAAAAGCAAAGGCCUACAUCUAUCCGGACUAACACACUUAAGACUCGAAGACGGGAUCUUGCUGAUGUACUUUUGAACAGAGGAGUCAAUCUAGACCCAUUAAGCAAGUGGUCAAAAGUUGGACUUGUUAUCUAUGAUUCACAAGUCCCAAUCGGUGCGACUCCUGAAUACUUGGCUGGUUACUACAUGCUUCAAGGUGCUAGUUCGUUUUUGCCAGUGAUGGCCCUUGCCCCUCGAGAGAAUGAACGGAUUGUGGAUGUAGCUGCUGCUCCUGGUGGUAAAACAACUUAUAUCGCUGCUCUAAUGAAAAAUACGGGCUUAAUAUAUGCGAAUGAGAUGAAAGUACCUAGGCUUAAGUCACUAACUGCCAAUCUGCAUCGCAUGGGGGUCACAAAUACCAUAGUUUGUAACUAUGAUGGAAGAGAGCUACCUAAGGUUUUAGGUCAGAACACGGUUGAUAGAGUAUUGUUGGAUGCGCCUUGCAGUGGGACUGGGAUCAUAUCAAAAGAUGAAUCAGUUAAAAUAACGAAAACCGUUGAUGAGAUAAAGAAAUUUGCUCACUUGCAAAAGCAACUAUUACUCGGUGCUAUUGAUAUGGUGGAUGCCAAUUCCAAAACCGGUGGAUAUGUAGUUUAUUCAACAUGUUCAAUUAUGGUUACCGAGAACGAAGCUGUCAUUGACUAUGCUCUUAAAAAGAGGGAUGUUAAACUCGUUACAUGUGGACUUGAUUUUGGAAGAAAAGGAUUUACCAGAUUUAGAGAACACCGGUUUCAGCCUUCUUUAGACAAGACUAGACGUUUCUAUCCUCAUGUACACAACAUGGACGGAUUUUUUGUGGCGAAGCUGAAGAAAAUGAGCAACAUGAAGCAAUCUUCAGAAGGUGAUGAUGAGGCGGUAGAAACUGUAGAGCAAGCUGAAGUGUCUAGUGAUGAUGAUGAUGAUGAAGCUGAGGCCAUUGAAGAGAUUGAGAAGCCUUCUGUUCCUGAUAGGCAACCUAAGGAAGCAAAAGAAAAAAAGAACAAGGAAAGACUUGCAAAAUCAAAGGAGGACAAGAGAGGUAAAAAGGAUAAGAAAUCAAAAUCUGAAAAUGUGGAAGAGCCAUCUAAAGCAAGGAAGCAAAAGAAGAAGAGAUCUGAAUGGAAGAACGAAAUUGCUCAAGCUAGGGAAGAGAAAAGAAUAGCCAUGCGAGAGAAGGCGAAGGAGGAGAAGCAAUGAUUCAGUGUUUUUGCAUCAAAGAGAAGAAACCAUUUGCGAAAACACUAUCAUCUAUGCUUAUAGUAGGCUUGUGCCAUGUAUUGGCUUUGUUGUUUUUGUUUAUUCACGACAAUUUGUGCAACAUUAAAAGCACCCAGAGUGAACACUCUGUUGGACUCCAUGGACAGAUCUUAUAUGUCCAAAAGUUUUGUUUCAGAAAAAAAUCUUUCAAGAGUAUCAAGUUAAAUUGUGAUCUUGAGCCGA